CGAGGUUGAAAUAACCCGUACCCGGGCCCGCGCACCGUAAAUACACGUGUCCGUAAGCAAUUUGUCCGCGUCGCGCAUUAUGGUCACGGGCGAUGGUAUAGCAGUGGGAAGGUGCACUCCAUGGUCAGUUUGUGAUGUGAUUCUACAAAGUCAAGGGCCGGCCCACUUGGUCAAAGUUAAACAACAGAAAGAUAAUUGCAGUUCUCAGGGCACAGUAUUCAAAACGAAACCUUUGGCUUGCGAAAACGUCGAACAUUAUGAUUCGUGAGCUCCUCUGCAAGUUCGUCUUCAUCAUCGCCGUCCUGUUUAUUAAUGGGGCAAUAGUGCACGUGAUUGGUGGAGGAGGAAUGAAGUUCGAACCCGACGAAGAUGCGGAGGUGUACGAUUCUGGAUUUGCCUCAUCUGGUAAGAUGUCCUUUACAACUCCUGACCUUGAUGAUGAGGACCAUCACUCACUGCACAUGCCAGACCAAUUGCUGUGUGAUGCAUGCCAAAUACUAGCACACAUG